CUCUGAUUGGCUAAAAGCAGACUAAGUAGCGGUGCUUUCUCGCGAGAGCAGACACGGAUGAGCAAAACAACCUCAUGACACACCGAGACAUUUAAUCGCGCGCUUUAUUGGCAGCUUCAAAGCUCUCGACAUGCGCAAGCAAGGAUUGAAACGUCCGCAGUUAUAAUGAGAUUUCGCAUUGAGUUAACCGAAAUUGAGAUUCAUUUAAGUCUCAGACAGCGAAUAGACUUGAAAUAGAAUAGUUGUUGAAUGGGAAAUGCCGUCUUCAAAGACUAAAAAGACCAGCUCAUCGAGUAAAAUAGUACUAAACGUUGGAGGCUUCAAACAUGAGACCUAUAUCAGCACGCUACGUAACAUCCCUGACUCAAGGCUUUGUAACCUAGGUGAAAGACACCAGAGCAUGAACAAGGCUUCGGAAUACGACGCCAACAAGAACGAAUACUUUUUUGACCGCCAUCCAGGAGUUUUUGCGCAUAUAUUAAACUAUUAUCGCACGGGCAAGUUACAUUGCCCGAAUGACGUCUGCGGUCCUGUCUUUGAGGAAGAGCUUCAGUACUGGGGUAUUGACGAGGAGCAGGUGGAGACGUGUUGCUGGGAACUUUACAAGCAGCACAGGGAAAAACAAGAAAAACUCAAGUGCUUUAAACUCCCCGGAUUCGACGACACAGAAGAGAGCCCCUUGCUGACGUCUCAAGACUCUGGGCUCUUCGAAGCAGAGGACGUGAUCUCCUGGUGGUCUCGCGUGCAACCCAAGAUCUGGAAGAGUCUAGAGGAACCGCACUCCUCUCAACUAGCUAAGGUUAUCGGUAUCAUCUCGUUCGUCAUGUUCUCAAUCUACAUCAUCAAGUUCUCCCUCUCCACCCUCAAGUUUUUCGAGGAUCGUUCAUCGCGUGCCUUCAUGGCCCUCUCUAUCAUUCACAUGGUGUGCCUCGCCUGGUUCACAAUGGACUUUGCCCUCAGAGUCGUGUUCUCGCCCAACAAGCGUGCCUUCCUCAAGAGCGUUCCCACCUGGACAGACUUCAUGUCUUUAUUCCCACUCUACGUAUUCCUGUUCUUCCCGGACUCACCUUCGCUUCAAUACCUGGAAAUGCUAGUCAUGCUGAAAGCCGUUAGGAUAUUCCAGCUAUUCAAACUCUCCUACGUACUACAGGUCCUGACUAAUACCCUGACGGCAAGCCUACGAGAACUAGCGAUGCUGCUGAUUGUCAUGGCAUUCCAGACGGCAGUCUUCUCCAGUAUUUUGUACUUUAUAGAGCGCCGUCAGCCUGACACAGAUUUCCACAGCGUACCCAGUAGCAUGUGGUGGGCCAUUAUCACCAUGACAACGGUAGGCUAUGGAGAUGUGUCGCCAAAGACGUGGAUGGGAAAAGUCGUUGGAAGCGCAUGCGCAAUAUGCGGUGUCCUCGUCAUUGCACUUCCGGUUUCAGUUGUGGCCAGCAACUUCAGCAUUUUCUACACCUACGCCAAGGCGAGGCUUAAUCUCCCCACCAAGACGAGGCGUGUGGCCCUAUCGCAUGCCUUGACAUCCAUGCAAAUCCCGCGUACUUCCCGUCCCGCGGGAUACCCGAGCAUUAAUCACAACUCUUUCUCAAGCAUGGAAAGGCGAAACACACAGCGCACACUUAAUGCCUCCGAGCUGUCAUUCAACUUUGCAUCCAGUCAACCCGCAUCCCCUGCCAUGUCGCGCAAAUCACUCAACUCUUAUAGCUCCCUCCCUCAGAUGGACACACCUAAAAGCAACACAGAAACCAAAUCACCAAACGCACUUUGCCCGGAAUUCGGAGCCACAGCGUUUCAAUAUCCAUCAGUGGAAGACCAACAUGAGCUGGCCCCGCCAGUUAAACGCGCAUCAUCCGCUUCAGAGGUCACUAGCCGGAAUAAUGACAGCUUUGAGGACUUCUUUCUAACCGUCCCUGAAAAAGGCAGCAAGCUUCAAGCAAGUAACAUCUCAUUACAGAUCACCUCGACAUAUCCGCUUUACCUCAGACGCGGAGCAGUCACCCCUGCAUCCAUGAGCUUGAAAAGCAAUUCCACAAACUCCAGUAUUAAUCACUUGCUGAAAAACAUAUCAAACGACGGACUGAACCUACGGCGACCAAUCUUAUUCCUUUCACGCCAUAGUCUCAGUAUGCAGAACUUAAAAACGCUUAACCACAUAGACCCCUCACUGGCUUGCUCGUGCACCUCCAUGAAAUCAGAGGUGCACAUCCACAGCGCAGAUGACUCUGCAGCGCUGACUCCAGUCGUGUGCGACAUGCUGCCAUAUGUGUUGAAUAACCCAACGAUCAAAAUAUGCACUAGUACGCAGAGCCUGGCCCCGCCUCAACCGGAGUCACCGCUUUCCACGGGCGGACCGGCUAUUGCCAUUAUUCCGCCGCCAGAGGAGAUGGGUCAGCGGACAAACUCUCUGGACACUGGACUGUCCUCUUUAUCGAGCAGAUCGAGGCCAAAUGCGUGCGGCGGUCAUAAGCAUACAGAAGGGAGUAUUUCCGGAAACAAGUGUGAUACAAUAGCUGGACCCGUCAAAACACAAUACAAGCUUAUCUACGAAAACCAUAACAAAGAUAAUGAAACAGACACCGGAUAUGACAACGCUUUAGCAAAAGAUGCCAUCUGCGAUCACAGGGGAAGUGAUAGGUCAGUUGGGUAUGGUAGCACUGGAAGUGAUAGGGGCAGUAGGGGUACUCUGAAUCAUGGGAGUAACUUGAGCUUGGUGGAGAACCCGUUGAACGUGCUGAAGAUCCCGAGCGACACCAAGCGGAACACGUUCAACCACAUCUCGUCCGACGACAGUGAUAUCAAAUACCUCAGACAUUCAACCACAUUAUAACGAGCCUCCGAGCACGUCAGUUAGUCACUGAUACAGGAGGGGGACUGGAAAAAGCGUCAGCUUAAAAUGACCAACACCUUUGUCGCACCAGCAAGAAAAUGAAGAGAGAUUGUUUAACCGAUCUAUAACAAAGUGAUACUACCGUCACAUAGUGAUGCGGUAAAUCAUUUGCUUAUUGAGUAGUGGGCCUGUAAACCUAUCCUUUCAUUAAACCCAAGGCAAUUUAAGCAAUAUCGUUCGCAGGGUAUCUUCUUAUUCGGACAAAAGUGAUUUUUACUAGGAAUAUGAGUUAUACAGGAGGCGCUGGGUACAUAACUGUCGCAUAAACCGCGAAAACACAGCUGCUAAAGUGCUUUUGCUGGGAAGCAAACCAUUCAUUUGAAAGUCUAAUUUCCAUGCCCUCGUUCCAAGUUCUUUAUUGGCAUUCCAAACCCGGGCUAUUGAAAGGAAAGCCGGGGAAGAAGUAAGAAAAGAACAGUAAUCGUCUUCUUACUAAUAUUUUCAUGUACACAGUUUGUGAUAGUCUCGCUGGGUCUACAAACAAAGGAGCUCUACGCACGCAGUUCCUAACAUCGUUCUUAGUCUUUUUUGAUGUUUUGUAAAUAGAAAAACUAUUUUAAAUAUCAGACCUUCUAGUAGAUUAAUGGACUGCAUUAGCCUUCAAUUAUACGGAAAAGCAUCAAUUCUCCACGAAUAAACUGUUCUCUUUGAAAAAAAAAACGGCCUAGUAGCUCGCUGGAAAUUCAUCAUCUGAAUGUUAGUAAAACCGACUGAUCAACAAGUGCAAACAAGCGCCUCACUUGGUCCCCGGCACCUUUUGAAUCGUGGUGACGUAUUGAAAAGAGAAUGCAAUGAUACAUAAAAACACCUUUGAGCUUUUCCAGUCAAGUGUGAGAAACGGUUUCCUUGUUCCAGAUCCUUGAGCGAAGCUGGCUUGAGUUUACAAAGAGCAGUUUGUAAUCAAACUCCAGCAAUUCUGGAUUCGAAAACAACAUGUUACGUACUUCUCGGCCCAUUCCUUAUUAGGACACUACAUACCAUAUUUGGGAGUUUACUAUAAUGCUUAUUAUCAAUAUAACAACAGUGUAAGUUGAGAGUUACCACGGAAUUGUUGUUUACUGCUAGCCGCGGUCCUGAAAAAGAGGUCUGGACGCUAACGUUAUGGAUUAUCAUAGGUAUCCCGCGCUCGCUCGCCCCAGGCUGUUUUCAACCAUUUGCGACCACCAUCGAGCACCUGUGACCAACAGAGGUUUAAGGCUUUAGGACGAUAUUGAUAGGGAAGCGGAGAGGGGGCAGGCAAAAAAUGUUAGCUACAAACGGUCCCGAUUACAAUCAUUAUGAAAUAUUUAGGUACAUUAUCUGAAUAAUAAGAUACAUUUUGGUAUAGACAAUUUCUUCUAGAAUUUGUAUAUAAUUUUGAAAAUGUGUUUAUCCAGAUGGCAUUCUAUAUAGAUAUCUCUGUAAAUAGCUAUUACAGUAAUAAAUACAAUAUUAAAAAUACAAAAAAAA